AUGGCUGCUACGGUUGCCAGUGCGAUGGUGACGCCAGAGGUGCAUGCGGACAGAGGUAGAGACAGAGACUUGGAGGUGGUGGACUCUGGGGCGGAGCCCCUGAAGAAGAGGACGCACACGGCGUCGAAACCGCUGGAUAAAGAGGCGCGGAUGAAGCGUACGGAACAGAAUAGGGCCGCUCAGAGGGCGUUCAGGGAGAGGAAGGAGAGGAAGAUGAAGGAGUUGGAGGCUAAAGUGGAUAAACUGACGAGGAUACAGAAGCAGAACGAAGUUGAGUCUGAGUUUCUCAGGGGCCAACUCGUUACACUCGUUCAUGAGUUGAAGAAGUAUAGACCGGAGACUUCAAAUGACUCAAAAGUGUUGGAGUACCUUGCGAAACACGAUAACGUGCCCCCCAAUCAGCAGGGCCAGGCACCCGCGGCAAGGGACAGAGGUGACUUUUCGUUUGAGUUCCCCUGGAAGGGUAGAACUGCUCCAGAGUUUGAUAACUCGACAACUCAAGAGACCACUACGGCGACUCCGUCGCCAGUAUCUCCAGGAACUAAGGACCAACAGGGGAAACCAACAGACUGGUUGGACGAAGUGCUCUCCAGCACAGAACUGUACGCCAAACAACAACAACAACAACUUCAGGGAAACCGUUCUGAGAGUCCCUUUCUUGCAGGGUACGACGAUAGCUUGACGGUCUCGAACGAGAUAACGUUCGACACGCAGUUCGACGAGCAAGUAAGUGACUUCUGCGUGCGUAUGAACGAGGCUUGUGGGAGCAAGACUAACCCUGUCCCCAAGAGCAAGAAGGGGUCCGUGUUCUCGAACUCGGUUCUGUCGCCGCCAUCGUUGCUUAACUCUCUCUCCAACACGUGGGGGACUGACAGGACAGACGCGGGGAGUGCCACCUCGGAGACAACGUCGCCGCGGCUCACAGAAUCCUCAAGUUCUACAGUCACGACGAACAACGACCUCAAAUUGGAUGCAGAUUUCGAAAUACCCUUUAUUAACACAUCCCUCGCGUUCCCAACAGAUGACGGGGCCGUGCCACAAACCGUAGACGAUAACAUAUUCUUCAGAGACACGCAGCACGAACAACGCAGCGCACUAGACGAUUUCUUAGAGGAGGAGGAGCUCACCGAUAAUCAACAACAACAACAACACGAGGAGAAGAUCAACCUGCUCAUAAACGAGGUGCCCUUCUCCAUAGAGGCAGACAAGGAGGUGCCCUUCAGUAUAGAACCCAACGAGGACGGUGACCCACAGGUGGUACCCUCCAAAGACGGCAAAUUGCUCAAGUGUUCGGAGAUAUGGGAUCGUAUCACGGCACACCCGAAGUACUCGGACCUCGAUAUCGACGGUCUCUGUGGGGAACUCAUGACAAAGGCGAAGUGUUCGGAGCGCGGUGUCGUCGUCAACGCAGAUGACGUCAAAGAUGCUCUCAACAGACACAUCGCAUAG